CAUGAAAAAAAAUACAAGAAAAACAUGAAAAUAAAGACCGAAUCCAUAUGAUUCCGAUUUAAUUUCCAAUUGAAUUUCUUGCUAAUAAAAGUUCUAACUAACUAAAAAACAAUAACAAGUUGCAAUUCCUCGAAUUGCGCUAACUAUUUAGCACUAUCAUCGGAGAAUUUCAAAAUCGAUUGAUUCGAUGGCUAUGUUACCUCAAGCGGCGUGCUAUUUUUAGAACUUAUUUUUGUCUUUCUUUUGAACAUAAAUGCACUGCAAUCUAAUUAAAUUACAUCUAUCAAUAGAUAAAUCACCAUAAAACACAACUGGAUUGCUAAAUCAAAUUAGUUACAAUGCUUCCGACCACAAUAUUCCGGCAAAUGCAUCGACCUGGCAUGUGGAAGCAUUUGCCUGACCUUUUGCGAACUUCACGCGAAGGAACAACAUGCCUUAAUCGUUAUGCUGCUGCCACAGGAUUCAUAAAGACCUCAUUUCUCGACCAUCAGCGUUGGGAUGUUGUCUCGCUGAGAUUGUAUGCGGAUUCAAAGAAACAUUCGUUCCAUCUGAAAACAAUCAAAAGUCGAGAUCUCAUCCAAAAUGCCAUCGAAAAGAAACGUGAUAUCUUUAUCGAGAGGAAGAAUGUCCUUGUCAAGGAUAUCCGCGAAACCAAAUCAAAGGUGCAAGAAAGGGUGCGUGAGAAAAUGGAAGAAGUCAUCGAACGCGAAAACAUCAUGACCAUUCCGAAUUUCCUGACCGUGGGACGAGCAUUUCUCGCCCCUUACAUUGGAUAUGUAAUUAUCGAUGGGGAUUUUAAUUUAGCCAUUGGUUUAUUGGUUGUGGCUGGGAUAACUGAUUUGUUAGAUGGACAAAUAGCUCGAUAUUGGCCGAAUCAAGCGAGCAAAGCUGGCUCGUUCCUCGAUCCCAUGGCAGAUAAAUUGCUCAUCGGGUCGCUGGUCAUUUCGAUGGGCUACUGUGAUCUGCUGCCUCUGUGGCUGGCCGGAACCAUACUCUUUCGUGAUGUAUUCCUAUUGGGUGCUGGCUUUGUUAUUCGUUAUGUCAGUCUUCCACCUCCAAAAACCUUAUCGCGAUACUUCGAUGCCACUCAUGUAACUGCCCAACUAGAGCCUACAUUUAUCAGCAAAGUCAACACAUUUGUUCAGCUUACUGCAAUCGGGUUGAGCUUGGGAGCACCCGUAUGGAACUACCUCGAUCAUUCAAUGCUUCAUGGGUUAUGGUAUUUAACUGGUGCGACAACUGUAGCCGCAGCCCUCAGUUACGUCCUCAAUAAGAACACUUACAAAAUUUUAAGAAAAAAUACGUAAAACAAAAAGGUGCUUUAAAAAACUUGACUAGUCCAAUGGAAGGAGAACCCACAAAAGGUGCAACAAAGAACACGAAGACAACUUUAAGUCCUAUUUUAAAUUAAAAUAUGAGAUCAUCUUUAUGAGCUUUGUGCUCCUUCCAUUGGACCAGACAUUGUUUUAAAGAAAAGACCUGCAAGGGCAAUAAUUCUGUAGACGACUUAGAUAUAAGUUUCAACGAAUCAAAAAUGACAACAACUGAAAAUAUCGUUUCCAUUGGUUAUCUAUUUUUUCCCUCACACUUUCUGUGAAUUUAUUUUUUGUUGAAAAUUUAAAUAAAAACCUUUCAUAAUAGACUGA